GCCGGGCUGCUUGGGACCUUCUGGCGACGCUUUCGUCGGCGGGGAGUGGGUGUAAACUUCGUCAUUCUAGGACCUCGGUGGCUGGCAGAGGGUUUCGAGGAGAGUAGCCGGUAGCUCCACACAAAGGGGAGGGGAUUGAGAAUUUAAGCCUGCCUCACCCUAAAGUUGUCUGGGAGAUCUGGCUCGGCGUCGGGAAGAGGGCGGGCCGGAGCCCGGUGGGGUAGUCGCAGGGGUUGGAAAUAGGUUCAAGGCAGGGCUGAAAGUUGAUCCUGGGGCGGAGUCUCAGGACUGGAGCAAGUGGUGGGAGCUUUGGGGAUAGGUCUUGGUGCUUGGGUUUGCGGUAUCGAAGUUCUGGGAGGUGGGGCGGAAGGCACAGGCAGAAAUGGCAGCCCCGGCUUGGCUUCUUAAGAUGCGAAUGAAGGAUUGUUUAAUUAUCUUUAACCAGCCCGGUUCCCGUUUUUGCAAGGGGUUUAGGGUCCGCGUUCUCUGAAGAGUUUGGAAGGAAAGAAGGACGGAGGCUCUUCCGACAAUAGCCCCAGGAGGCAUUUAGUGAAUUGAGAGGCCGGCUCCCCCCUAAGUGGGAGGAAACUCAGGUUCCGGAAGUCUUUGCCCUCCCCACCCGCAGGCUGCUACCAUGAGGUUAAAUCAGAACAUCUUGCUGCUGGGGAAGAAGGUGGUGCUGGUGCCCUACACCUCAGAGCAUGUGCCUAGAUACCACGAGUGGAUGAAAUCAGAGGAGCUGCAGCGUCUGACAGCCUCUGAGCCGCUGACCCUGGAGCAGGAAUAUGCGAUGCAGCACAGCUGGCGGGAAGAUGCGGACAAGAAGUGGCAGGCCCAGACAGGCACCACAGAAGAGAGCUGCAUGGUGGGAGAUGUGAACCUCUUCCUCACGGAUCCUGGGGACCCCUCCUUGGGGGAGAUUGAGGUCAUGAUUGCAGAGCCCAGCUGCAGGGGCAAGGGCUUUGGCACUGAGGCUGUUCUCAUGAUGCUGUCUUAUGGUGUGACCAGGCUAGGUCUGACCAAGUUUGAGGCUAAAAUUGGGCAAGGAAAUGAACCGAGCAUCCGGAUGUUCCAAAAACUUCACUUCGAGCAGCUGGCUGUGAGCACCGUCUUCCAGGAGGUGACAUUCAGACUGAUGAUGAGUGAGCCGGAGCGGCAGUGGCUUCUGCAGCAGACCAGCCAUGUGGAAGAAAAGCCCUACAGAGAUCGGUGGUUGGAGCCCCACUGAUAGCCGGCCUUGUGGGCAGCCACCCUGUGUGAACGGGGGUGUCAGGACCACACACUCCAGAACAUCAGAACCCUGCAACAGGAGGUGAAUGGUCAGGGCCUUCAGGGCAGAGUGCUCCUGGCCCUGCUCCAGGCUGGGAAUCUCCUUUUGGGGCCUUUCAGACUCUGGGCUGAACUUGCCUUGGCCUCUCUGAGGCUGGCAGCGACUCCAGGGCCAGCCCCUCCUCCUGACCAAACCUGGACUCAGACUCUCGGAACCUGGAGUGGACAGCAUGAAUCUAUGGGAGGAGGUAGGGUGGAAGUGGGAGCUGGAGAAGAAGGGGGGCCUGCUGAGUGGGCGGGACCUCCCUUCCACCUGGAAGGCCAGAGGCUGGGAGUAAAGCACACUGUAUGGCCAGCUUUCCCCGUGUUCUCACUGGGCCCAUGUGGAAGUGAGCUCCCAGGAGGUCAGCCUGCAGUAUCUGGUCCAUUGUGGUAGGAACGGGGCAGGGGUAGCUCAGUCCUCUUUUGUCCUGCGGAAGCGGGCUGGGUGUGACCUCGGGAGGUUUGGAAAUCCUGGGACAGACAAGUGGCUUGGAAAGUGGGCAAGUGUCCUUGCUCCUUCUCUCUCGUCUUUGGAGCCAGUUUUGAGUGUCGAGUUAGUUUGGGAUACAACUCCUUAUGACUGGAGAGCACCCUUCUGCUGAUGAAACUUUGGGCCUCCUGCUCAGUUGCAGGGGCUGCGGGAGGAAGCAAAGGCCACUCAGCUGUACUGUCCCGAAGGCACCUGUGUCCUCCCCCUCGCCACUCCUCACCCCUCCACCUCUGGGAGCAGCUGCACCUAACAAGGCCACGAGGGGGUGCUGGAGGCACAGGUUCGGGAUGGCCAGGCUGCCUGGCAACGGGUGCUUAAUAGAGCUAGGCUAGGUCUCCCCACCUCGGAG